AUGCAUCUUUCCCUAAUCUCCUCCAUUCUGGCAGCAACGACACUCGUCCAGGCAGCUCCGGCUGUGGAUACUGCGCAGUCCAUCGAGGCACGUCAAGCAGAUGACUCCUUCGGAACGUCUUGGAAUGAUCCGUACAUCCCCAUUCCGCGGAGCUUUGAAGUCCGUGUGGCGGGCGACGCGUGUGCCUUCCAGCUGGUAUACGAGCGUUUCCGGGCCGACAAUCGCUACGACGUCUCCUAUAUGGCCGAGUAUUCCGAUGGAUCAUCUCAACAAGUGCGCCCGAUAUCCGGAAGUCUGCCACGUAACAACAACCUGUUCGUCGAUAUCAUUGAAGAUGAUGAGCGAGGCCUGGAGAUCUCCUUCUUCGACAAUGUUUGCAAGAACGGUGUAGCCCCGCGAUCCUUCCGGGCCAAUUACGCCUUGCGUGAAGGUUUCACAUACGAGAAUCGAUGGACCACAGGGUCGUUCGGUAUUUCUAGUGGGAAUCUCGCGGGCGCAGUCGGCAAUAUUCGCGUGACUAGCGGGAAGUCGAGCACUGUUUCGUGGACACAUGUCGCAGGAGUAACAAGCUACAUCGUGAUCAUGGAGUGGCUUGUUGAUUCUGAAGUCGGACCAUUGCCAUUUGUCUACGCACGCCAGGUGGUCGGGCAAGACGCAUCGUCUUACACGUACACACGUAGAUUCACGCGUGCGACCGUCAUCGCGAAUACCGGCGGCGAUCUUUCGACUGGCACCAAGCGGUUCACGGCGCUUGACCAGGUUGUUGAUGUGUAUCCUUCCUGA